ACAUGUUGCGAAAUGAAACAACAAUUAUUUUCGAGUACCUGUCAUACUCUGAGGGUAUUCGGAAAUAAGCAUCUGUAGCCUUCCCUACCCCUGCUCCGCUUCCUUAGAUUUAAUACCUUGUGCCUUUGGUUAGAAAUCGAUAUUUAUAAUCAUUAUUAGUUGCUUGCUUCAGGUUUGUAAUAGCAGUAGCACUAAAGUGGUAAUGUUAUCACUACUACUACGACUACUAUUACUACUUCUGUUAUAAAAGAACUUUCAUCCGGGAGGGUUGUCACUGGACUCAGUUGUGUGUUUGUAGCAUCAUUAAUCACAAUCUCUGUCUCCCCUAUAUCUUCCUCUCUUUUACAAACUCCCCUCUUUAAUCUCUGUUUGUGUGUUUCCCCCUCUCUUUUCUCUGUACCUGUCUCUUUUUUUUCCUCUCUCUUUCUCUCACUGUUUCUCUUUUCCCCCUCUCCGUCUCGCUUUCUCUUCGGCGGAACAUAGGGUAAUAGAAAAGAGAGAGAGAGACGAUAAAUACUUCUUAUUUUUUAAAGGAGACUCUAAAAACAAACAAACAAACAGUGCGCUAUCAUAGCUAACAACAACAACACUUUUAUUUCAGCAGGAUGGCCAACGAGUACGAUCACCUCUUUAAAUUACUAAUUAUUGGCGACAGCAGUGUUGGUAAAAGUUGCCUAUUAUUGAGGUUUGCUGAAAAUACAUUUUCUCCAUCAUAUAUAACCACAAUAGGAGUUGACUUUAAAAUCCGAACAGUAGAAUGCAAUGGAGAGAAAGUCAAACUCCAGAUUUGGGACACUGCUGGCCAAGAACGAUUCCGAACUAUUACAUCAACGUACUACAGAGGAACUCAUGGUGUUAUAAUAGUUUAUGAUGUUACUAGUGGAGAAUCUUUUGCUAAUGUGAAGCGCUGGUUACAUGAAAUUGACCAAAACUGUGAUCUAGUCAGUCGAAUUUUAGUUGGUAAUAAGUGUGACGAUGAAGAAAAACGAGUGGUUCUUACAGAAGAUGCUCAGAGGUUUGCCAACCAGAUGGGAAUACUGCUAUUUGAAGCCAGUGCUAAAGAAGACAUAAAUGUGGAAGAGCUGUUUUUAGGAAUUACCAAACAAGUUCUUGUAAAUAAGAAAGAACAACAAAGGAAGGUUGCUGAAGAAGGAAUACAUUUGACAAACAAAUCUGUAAAGCCAAAGAAAAAGUGCUGCUAGAACAUAACUGGUCACAUGUUUUUUUGUUAUAUAGUGCCCCCUUGAUAUAACGAAUUGAGUAGUUGAGAUGGGGGAGGGACAGUUGCUCUUCUUAAUUGACAAAAAACAAUAAAUAAUGUCUUUAAAAAUUCAAAUAAAAUUUUGGAAAAAAAAAUGAAAAAAGAUUUAUAAAAAAUAAGAUUGAAUAAAUAAAACAAAAUGAAAUUAAA